AUGGCUUUUGUGCCACCGGACCAAAAGCUCCUAGACGAUAUCAUAUAUACAACCGACGUACAUAUUAAAGCAUCGAGGUCCAACAAAAUGACUCAGUCAAAGGCAGACAAAGUCGAGGAGGUCCGAUCCAACCUCCCUCUACCUGACCAACCCCCCGUCGCCUCGGACUGGAACUCGGCCGACGCCCGCAACGUCAACGUCGGCUCCGGCGGCGUCCAGAGCGAUAUCUCUACCGGCGCCGGCUCCACGUCGGGACUGCGUGAGCCCGCAAGCAAGAAGGACGUCGACUUGAGCGGCGUGGGCCGCCAGGGCAAGGAUAACCUAGAGAACCCGCCCAAGGAUGCCAGGUCUAAAUAG